AUAAACUACGUGUCGUUUCUCUUGCAUAACAUUCCGUUUGAAACCAUCGGGUGGAGAACACAGAAACCAGAACCAAAAAUAUUCCGCUGCACGACGGUCGGCAGAAGCUCCACCCAUCUGCAAACGCCGAAAAAGAUGCAAGACCAAACCGAAGCACCGACGGAAACCAACCUGGACCAAGAUGAACGAACGGUGGAGAUUGAUUUAUCAUUCACCACCACUCUCGAUCUCACCAGCUUCCAGCUCCACGAUCUCGACUCCGUGGAAUUGCCGCCAAACCUCACCGAGUUGGACCUGACAGCGAACCGCUUAUCGAGCUUGGACCCUCGGAUUGCGAAUCUCAUUUACCUCAAAAAGCUCUCUUUUCGACAAAACCUCAUCGACGAUGCUGCUAUCGAGCCGAUCUCUCGCUGGGACUCGUUAUCUGGUCUUGAGGAGUUGAUACUUAGGGAUAAUAAACUGAUGAAAAUACCAGAUGCCAGCAUAUUCAAGAAGCUCCUGGUUUUUGAUGUUUCUUUCAAUGAAAUCACUUCAUUGCACGGAUUGUCCAAGGCCUCCAGCACAAUCAAAGAGCUCUAUGUCUCCAAAAAUGAAGUUACUAAGAUGGAGGAGAUUGACCACUUGCAUGAGUUGCAAAUUCUUGAACUUGGUUCCAACAGAUUACGGGUAAUGGAAAAUUUGCAAAAUUUCACAAACUUACAGGAGCUGUGGCUGGGAAGGAAUCGAAUCAAAGUCAUAAACCUUUGUGGGCUCACAUGCAUUAAGAAGAUUAGCUUGCAAAGUAAUCGAUUGACUUCUAUGAUAGGUUUGGAGGAAUGUGUUGCCCUAGAAGAAUUGUACUUGAGCCACAAUGGUAUCUCAAAAAUGGAAGGCCUAUCUAUGUUGGCCAACCUCCGAGUAUUAGAUGUUUCAUCAAAUAAGCUAACAUCAGUAGAUGACAUUCAAAACUUGACAAGGUUGGAAGACUUAUGGCUCAAUGAUAACCAAAUAGAAUCACUUGAAAGCAUAGCUGAGGCUGUUUCUGGUUCAAGAGAAAAGCUCACUACUAUCUACCUUGAAAACAAUCCAUGUGCAAAGUCUCCAAAUUACUCUGCUACACUGAGACAAAUUUUUCCCAAUAUCGAGCAAAUUGAUUCUGACGUUUUUGCGUAGAAGUUGUAAUAGAUUAUUUUAUAUGUAGUUUGCUGAGUCUGCAUAUAUUACUACAGAAAAACAGCGUUCCAAAAGGGUUCUGAAAAGGGUGGGAUGUUGGUUAAAUGCAUUGUUAAUCUUUGUUUGGACACUUUAUUUGUUGUACCUGUUUUUCACGUUGAAAUAACUUGCAAACAAGAACAAUCUCAGCUA